CAAUGGAGGACAAUUGCUCCGAUUAUUGGACGUACGGCAGCACAGUGUCUGGAACGGUACGAGUACCUCCUGGAUCAGGCCCAGCGGAAGGAAGAAGGGGAAGAUGCGGCGGAUGAUCCGAGAAAGUUGAAACCCGGCGAGAUUGAUCCCAAUCCAGAGACCAAACCGGCUCGACCAGAUCCGAAAGACAUGGAUGAAGACGAACUGGAAAUGUUGUCGGAGGCUAGGGCUCGAUUGGCCAACACUCAGGGAAAAAAGGCUAAACGUAAGGCAAGGGAGAAGCAACUGGAAGAAGCUAGACGUUUGGCAGCUUUACAGAAACGACGAGAAUUGAGAGCAGCCGGUAUUGGAUUGGGCAACCGGAAACGAAAGUUGAAGGGUAUCAAUUAUAAUGAGGAAAUUCCAUUCGAAAAGGCUCCAGCUCCUGGAUUCUAUGAUACUUCGGAAGAGCAUGUGGUUCCGAUUGCCGCGGAUUUCUCGAGUUUGAGACAACAAACUUUGGACGGGGAGUUGCGAACCGAAAAGGAAGCCCGAGAACGCAAGAAGGACAAAGAAAAGAUCAAGCAAAAGAAGGAAAAUGAGAUCCCAUUGGCCAUGCUUCAAAAUCAAGAACCUGCCAAAAAGCGUUCUAAGCUGGUACUACCAGAACCGCAAAUAUCUGAUCAGGAACUGCAACAAGUGGUCAAAUUGGGUCGAGCUAGCGAGAUCGCGAAAGAGGUUGCUUCCGAAUCUGGAGUUGAGACAACGGAUGCUUUGUUGGCAGAUUACAGUAUAACCCCACAAGUUGCAGCCACUCCCAGAACUCCAGCACCAGUCACCGAUCGUAUUUUACAAGAGGCUCAAAAUAUGAUGGCUUUGACACAUGUUGAUACACCCUUGAAAGGAGGUGCGAAUACUCUUUUAGUUCAGUCUGAUUUCUCAGGAGCUUUACCACAAAGCCAAGCAGUGGCCACACCAAACACAGUUUUGGCCACACCGUUUCAUUCGCAGCGGGGUCCAGAUGGAUCUGCUACUCCCGGAGGAUUUCUUACUCCUGCUUCGGGAGCCUUGCUACCCGUUGGGGCAACACCUGGUAGCCAGUCAGGUGUAACUCCAAGUCUUGUGCGGGAUAAGUUAAAUAUAAACGCCGAAGACACGAUGUCUGUCACUGAAACGCCCGCUGCUUACAAAAAUUAUCAAAAACAGUUGAAAUCUUCGUUAAAGGAAGGCCUAGCGUCGCUUCCUACGCCGAGGAAUGAUUACGAGAUUGUAGUUCCGGAUAACGAGAUAGACGAAUCAGCCGAUACUGGAGCAGAUCAGUUGCCAAUGGUUGCAGACCAAGCGGAUGUUGACGCACAACGCAAACAAGCGCAGGUUGCACGGGAAGCCAAGGAACUAUCUCUUCGUUCUCAGGUCAUUCAGCGGGAUCUUCCUAGACCGCUGGAGAUCAACAUGACUGUUCUGCGUCCACCGAACGAAAUGCAUGGUCUAGCCGAGUUGCAGCGGGCCGAAGAACUUGUCAAACAGGAAAUGGUCAAAAUGCUCCACUACGACGCUGUUCGAAAUCCGAUAAGCAACCUUCAAGCACCACCGCCAAAAAAGAAUCCCCUUGCUCAACACCUUUCGUAUCUGGAACAGUUUCCCUACGAAGAUAUUGAUGAAUCGGAUCUGGAUCAAGCACGCGAUAUGUUGAAGGAAGAAAUGACCGUCGUUAAAGCCGGAAUGGCCCAUGGAGAUCUUUCGUUGGAAAGUUAUACGCAGGUCUGGCAGGAAUGUUUGGCACAGGUUCUCUAUCUUCCCAGUCAAAACCGUUAUACUCGUGCUAAUUUGGCCAGUAAAAAGGACCGUAUUGAGUCCGCUGAAAAACGACUUGAAAUCAAUCGCAAGCAAAUGGCCAAAGAAGCCAAACGGUGUGGUAAGAUAGAGAAAAAACUUAAAAUCCUAACAGGUGGCUAUCAAGCCAGGGCUCAAGCUCUGAUUAAACAAUUUGGGGAUACCAACGAACAGAUUGAGCAGAAUCAGAUCGCACUGUCUACGUUCAAAUUCUUGGCUACCCAGGAAGACUUGGCCAUCCCGAAGCGGCUCGAAUCGCUUACCGAAGACGUGAUGCGCCAAACAGAACGAGAGAAAACACUUCAGAAACGCUACUCUCAUUUGCUGGAAGAAUUUCGUGAGCUGUUCCGGGAGGAAACCCAGUCACAUCAACGGGAGCAACCGAGAGUUCACGUUGCCCUGCAAAAUGGUCGACGGGAACCGUGCAUGGAAGAGGAAUCACAAGAAGAAGAGCAUCCGACCCAUCGUGAUUCUGACCGAGGGGAAGAAAAUGAAGAGUUGGAACAACGGGCUAAUGGACGGUUCGAGGAGGAAGCUGAAGAUGGUUCGGUGGAUGAGGCUGAACACGAUGAAGAGCAUGAAACCGAGCAACAAGAGCAGCGGGUUGAUGAAGAUCACGGCGCCGAGGGUGAGCAGGUGCAGGACGAUGCCAUGGACUACCAACAAGAUGACGACGACGACGACGACGACGAAGGGAAUGAGGAUUGAGCUAUUUGACUAUAAUCUUCUCAAAGUACUACCACAUUAAUGAAUUACAAGAAUAAAGUAACAGUUCCACAUUAAAAGAA